AUGACUGCGGACAAAGUGUGCGGAUGUAAUGUUGUCACUUCUGCCGGAGUCGUCACCAGUCUCCAGGUACUCAUGCUCUUCCUGCUCCUCUUCAAGCCAGUCCGUUUUCUUUUUCAGUUGAUAGUUCUCGUUCUUACCCUCUCAAGUACCGGUCUCAUUCUGGAUCGUUACCGCAUUUGGCAGACGACAUACCCUCAGACUCAGUACAAUGCGACUGCUCAGGCAGCUGCUGUAAGCGAGCUGUUCAUUUCUGAAGUGAACAGUAUACAUUCCAGAAUGGUACGCUCAAAUUCAAUGCGACAAUCUGGAGCGAGGCGUGGGUCGAAUUGGGAAUGGCUUGGUACGUGGGCUUCGGAUCGUACUGGCUCUUUUCCAUUCUCAUCCUCGUGCUCUCCUUCAAAUACUAUCGACCCGUGUUCGUCAUCCCCAACUUCACCGCUCUCGUCGUCGGAAUUUUCAUGAAUCUUCUGGGGUUUGCCGUCCUGCUCGCCCGCAUUCUCGACGUUUCGAAGGAUUACCGGACCGAUGAGUACGAAGAGGCGAUUAUCAUUUAUGUGAUGGGUCUGUGCCUGUUUGCAUGUCUCUGCUGUCUCUUUUUCAUCUGCUUCAUCUGCAAAUAUCAUAAUUUUCUUCGCAACCGAUACGGACAUCAAGUACCAAAGGUAGGAUGAAUCCUUGGAUCUCUUGGGGAACUUUUUCGAUGUUUCAGUUUGUUCAACCUCGAGCACGGACUGGAUAUCAUGACGAAGCAUACUGA